UGUAGCGCGCGGCUAUGGCGUUCGUCUCGGCGAUCGGCUCUUCCUGUCGCUGCUCGGCCGCGGGGCAGCACAUUCCAGAGCUUGCUCCAGCGCCGAUCGCUCCGGUAAGAAUCUCCUCCCCUUCUUCGAUCGAGGAGGCGGCCGCGGCAGUGAGAUUGAAAGUCUCGGACAAGUCUCCUCCUGAGGCUGCUCUUCUUCCAUCCCAGAGCCUGGAAGCGAUCUUCGGCAGCAGCGGCAGUGGCAGCGCUGGUAGCGAGCGAAGAUUUCCCCUGCCGAAGCAACGGCUGGGCGCCCUGGCGCGCUAUCCUCCGGAGGGCAAGCCCUGCGACGUGUCGGAGGCGGCGCAUUCGCUGCUCGCAUCAAUCUCUAAGCAGGAGGAUUCUUCCGACGCCACGGAGCUGCUGGAAUUCAUCGCCGGCGAGCUCGUCCUCACGGAUUCCGAGCUCGUCUACUUUGUCAAGGCGCUGGGACGCCAGGGAAAGUGGAAGAAGGCGCUGGAAGUCUUCGAAUGGAUCAGGAAACACGACUGCUUCAAGCUCCGGGGCGUCGCCACCGCGUCCAUCCUCAGCGUCUUGGGCAACCAUGAACAGCUCCCCGCGGCCCUGGAGCUCUUCGAGAGCCUCAAGCAGGACGAGAGCUACAGUCUGGACGUGUACGCUUACACCUCGCUCAUCAGCAUCCUCUCGAGAGCCCGGCGAUUCGACGAAGGCAUCACUCUCUUCGAGACCAUGCAACGAGAAGGCCAGCGAGGGAAUGCGGUGACUUACAACGUGAUGCUGGACCUCUACGGUAAAAGAGGGGACUCGUGGGACAGGAUUCAGUCGCUCUUCCAGGAGAUGAAAGAUCUCGAGAUCUCUCCCGACGACUACACGUACAACACCAUGAUCACGGCGUGCAUCCAGAACAGCCACUGCCAGGAAGCGCUACGACUCUUCCAGGAGAUGAAGGAAGCCGGCUGUUGUCCAAACCGUGUGACUUACAACGCGCUGCUCGACGUCUAUGGGAAGGGCGGCAUGCACAAGGAGGCCUCGGAGUUGCUCGUCGAGAUGGAGGCCGCCGGGAUCUCUCCAAACAUCGUGACUUACAACGAGCUCAUUGCGGCCUACGCCAGAGCCGGGCUUUGCGACGAGGCGGCCGCUCUGAAGAAGAGCCUGCUCUCCAAAGGCCUGUGUCCGGACGAGUUCACGUACUGCACUCUCAUCUCGGCUUUCAACCGUGCGGAGCGGUAUGAGAAGGCUCUGGAGACGUUCACGGAGAUGAGAAAGACGAACUGCACGCCCAACAUCGUGACUUACAACAUCUUGAUCGACAUCUACGGCCGGAUGGAGAAGCUGGACGACAUGAUGAAAGUUUUCAAGUUCAUGCAAGAGAAGAACUGCACCCCGGACCUGGUGACUUGGAACUCGCUGCUCAAGUCGUUUGGCAACUGCGGGAUGCUCACGGAGGUGUCCAACGUCUUCAGGGAGAUGAAGAGAGCGGGAUACAUGCCAGGGGUGGACACUUUCAACAUCCUGAUAGAGUGCUACGGCAGGUGUGGCUACGUCGACUACUCGGUGGACAUCUACAAGGGACUACUCAGGACAGGAUUGCAGCCAACAGUGCCGACUUUCGCCGCACUCAUGGCCUCGCUCGCUCGGGAAGGACGGUGGCAGCAGUGCGAGAAAGUCUCGCAGGAGAUGGCCGAGGCCGGGCUCCAGCUGAGCGACGCUUGCCACGCCGGGCUCAUCCACUCGUACGCCAACAGCGGCCAGUUCUUCCAGCUGCGGAAGUACAUCGACGAGCUGGAGAAGUCGGCCAAGCAGCCACUGAGCGGCAUCCUGUGCAAGACGUUCGUGCUCGCCUACUGCAAGUGUGGCAUGGACAACGAGGCCCAGCUCGCGCUCAACCAGCUCUACGACAACGGCCACUCGCCGGACAUCAAAGUCUUCAACGCCAUGAUCUCGAUGUGCGCCAAGCGGGGGUGGAUCGAGCGCGCGGUGAAACUCCUGGAAGAGAUCCGGAAGGCGCAGCUCAAGCCCGACGGCGUGACCUACAACUGCUUGAUGAGCAUGUAUGGACGGGAAGGGAUGUACUACAAAGCCGAGGAGGUGAUGAGCGAGAUGCGAAGAGCAGGCAAAGCUCCCAACUUGAUCACUUACAACACGCUGCUCUACUCGUACACCAAGCACGGCAGGAUGGACGACGCGGCCCGGGUGUUUGGAGACAUGGUGGCUGCUCGCGUGAGGCCGGACAACUUCACUUUCAACACGCUGGUGGGGAGCUACUCGAGCUUGGGGCUGUACAAGGAGGCGCUGAGCGUGAUCGAGUACAUGACCGAGCAUGGCUGCCAGCCGACGCAGAUAACUUUCAAGGCCCUCCUGGAUGGAUACAACAGGAACGCUUCGCCUUCGAGGAAGAAGCCAGGCGGUGAUGGUGGUGGAAGGCCGAUCGAGAUGAUCAAAGAGCUGGAUCCUGCUAAGAACAUCCACGAGUUCCAUCCGGCGUGAUUGGCCGAUCGAUCCAUCGGCCGCCAAAGCGAUCGAGGAGAGUGAGCAAUCUCUGGUCGAAGGAGACGAGUUUUGACGGGGAGAUUUUUCUGUAGAUAAGCUCAUCUAAGGUUUAAUGGAAUAUACCUUUAUUUGAUAGAA